AUGACUGUAAAUAACACCCAGAAAGAUUCCAAUGCGAAUCAACAAACAGGCAGUAGCAUAAUUGACGAAAACGAUUCAGUUUCUGAAAAGGACAACGAUGAUAAUACUGUAAACACCACGGAGGUAACUAAACCAAAUGAGAGCACUGGUUACUUACCACAACCAAGUAGUGAAGCAGGCCUCCAAAUAGAUAAAAGUGUAAUAGCCGUAAGCGAUAUGGAAGCCGAAGAAGAUGGUAAAGAAGAAGAUGAUAAAGAAGAAGAGGCUGAAGACGAUGAUGAUGAUGACGAUGAUGAACCACCUUUGCUAAAGUACACAAGAAUCAACCAACUCCCGAAAAAUUUCUUUCAGAGAGACUCAAUAUCUUCAUGUUUAUUUGGUGAUCAUUUUUUUGCAUUUGGUACGCAUUCAGGUAUUUUACAUCUGACUACAUGCACAUUCGAACCCAUCAAGACAAUAAAAUGCCAUAGAUCUUCAAUACUUUGUAUCAAUACUGAUGGUAAACAUUUUGCUACAGGAUCUAUUGAUGGCACCGUUAUCAUUGGAUCAAUUGAUGAUCCGCAGAAUAUAACACAGUUUGACUUUAAAAGGCCCAUAAAUUCAGUAGCAUUGCACUCAAAUUAUCAAGCAUCAAAGAUGUUCGUUUCCGGUGGAAUGGCUGGCGAUGUGGUAUUAUCCCAAAGAAACUGGCUAGGUAAUAGGAUUGAUAUUAUCCUAAAUAAAAAGAAAAAGAAAAAGAUCAAGAAAGACGAUCAACAGCCGGAUAUGAAGGGCCCUAUUAUGGGAAUAUACACUAUGGGAGACCUUAUUUUAUGGAUGGAUGAUGACGGCGUUACGUUUUGCGAUAUUCCAACUAGAUCUGAGCUUUUGAACAUAUCAUUCCCUACACAGAUUUUCAACAUUCAGAAUGUCAGACCGGAUCUUUUCAGACCUCACGUCCAUUUCUUAGAGAGUGAUCGGAUUAUUAUUGGAUGGGGAUCCAACAUUUGGCUUUUCAAAGUUUCCUUUGCUAAGGAUUCACACUCGAACAAAUCUAGUGACUCUACAUCGCAAAGUAAUAAUAUGAGUCAUUUCAACCCUACUACUAAUUUCGGCUCUUUACUGUCAAGUGCCGCCUCAAGUUUCAGAGGUACGCCAGAUAAGAAAGUAGAGUUAGAACGCCAUUUUACGGUAUCGAUGCUGAUUGCUGGGUUAGCAUCAUUUAAAGAUGAUCAGUUAUUAUGUCUGGGAUUUGAUCUAGACAUCCAAGAUUGCACUGAUGACAAUGGAAAUAGCAACUCCAAUCUAGGUAACCAGUCAAAAAAUUUACUGUUCAAGGGAAAAGCCCCGGAACUAAAAAUUGUCGACCUUUUCAAUGGUGAUGAAAUAUACAACGAUGAAGUCAUAAUGAAAAACUACGAGAAAUUAUCAUUAAAUGACUAUCACCUGGGUAAACAUAUAGACGAAACCACGCCAGAAUACUAUUUAAUAAGUUCAAAUGAUGCUAUCAGAGUUCAAGAACUUUCAUUGAGAGACCACUUUGAUUGGUUCAUAGAGAGGAAGCAAUUUUACAAAGCCUGGAAGAUUGGUAAAUACGUAAUUGGAUCAGACGAAAGAUUUAGUAUAGGUUUGAAAUUCCUUAACACUUUGGUAACCAAGAAGGAUUGGAGUACACUGAUCGAUCAUUUAAACAUUAUCUUCGAAGAAACUUUAAGCUCAUUAGAUUCGAACUCAUAUGAAGCUUCCAAUAAAGUGUUGCUACAAUGGGCAGAUAUAAUAGAAGUCUUAAUCAAAUCAGGAAAAAUAGUAGAAAUUGCACCCUUAAUCCCUGAGAAACCUGUUUUAAGAAAGUCGGUAUAUGACGAUGUAUUGCAUCAUUUUUUGGUAAAUGGAAUGAUUAAUAAAUUUCAUGAAUAUAUUAUCAAAUGGGAUCUGAAACUCUUCUCUGUUGCACAUUUUGAAGAAGAGCUAGAAACGAAGAUAGAGACCGCCAAUGAACCCACAGUCUUACACGAUGAAGUGGAUUCCGAUAUUACUUAUAGAACAGAAUUAGUCCUUUUAUAUCUAAAAGAGAACAAAUAUACGAAGGCAAUACCACAUUUAUUGAAAGCUAAGGAUUUGAGGGCCUUAGCUAUUAUAAAAUCACAAAAUUUGUUGCCGCAGUAUCUAGAUCAGAUAGUAGAUAUCAUUCUCUUGCCUUAUAAGGGCAAGGUUUCUCAUAUCCCUAAACUAUCAAUAUUCGAAAUUCAAACUAUCUUCAACAAACCUAUUGAUUUAUUAUUUGAGAAUAGACAUACCAUACCCAUUGAUAGAAUAUACAAAAUAUUUGAACAUGACUGUCCAAAGGACUUUGACAAGAUUCUAUUCUCCUAUCUAAUAAAAUUUUUAGAUACAGACGACUCCUUUAUGAUAAAUCCUUACGAAAAUCAGCUUAUUGAACUUUAUUCUGAAUACGAUCCACAGAGUCUCUUGCCCUUUUUACAAAAGCACAGUAAUUAUAAUGUAGAGACUGCCAUCGAAGUUUGUUCCUCCAAACCUGGUCUGUACAACGAAUUGAUUUACUUGUGGGGGAAAAUCGGUGAAACAAAAAAAGCUUUAUCAUUAAUUAUCGACGAGCUUCAAAACCCACAAUUAGCCAUUGAUUUUGUUAGGAACUGGGGUGAUUCAGAUCUUUGGGAAUUUAUGAUUAACUAUAGUCUAGAUAAACCAAAUUUUACAAGGGCAAUUUUAACAUGUUCUGAUGAAACAAGUGAAAUAUAUUUAAAAGUAAUCAGAGGAAUGUCGAAUGAUUUAAAAAUUGACAAUCUGCAGGAUAUCAUCAGGCAUAUUGUCCAAGAAAAUUCGUUGAGCUUAAAAGUACGCGAUAAUAUAUUGGUGAUCAUUAAUGAUGAAACCAAUAAGUUCGCCAAUGAAUUCUUGAAGAUUAGAAGUCAAGGCAAACUAUUUCAAGUUGACGAAAGUGACGGUGAAAUCAAUGAUGAUCUAUAUAACGUGUUUUGA